AUGGAUAAUAUUAUGAAUAAUCAACAUCAGAGAUUGAGUCGCAUGGAUAAAAAGAUAACUUUACAAAUAACAUCAGCCUUUGGAUUUGGUUUACUUAGAGGAUCUGUUGUAAUACAUGCAACAUUUAUGAGGCAAAAAUUGAUAACACCUGAAAUUUUAGUAAAACUUGAAAGAAAAGAAUUGAAAAUUAAUUCAGAUAGUAUAUGGCUCAUGGAUAAUGCUACAUUGAAAAAGUCAAAAAUGUUUAAUACAUCUAUAAAAAUUGAGUGCUUUUAUGUCCCAAUAAACAAAUCUAAUCCAAAGGAAACACUUGGUUACCUAUUAUUAAAAGUGAAAGAAGCACAAACUAUUGAUCCAACAUCCAAUGACCGUAUAGAAAAUAAACCAUACAAAUUAAUAGGAUCAAAACAUGGUAGUUAUUAUCUUAAUUUAUCGUUACGAAUUGAAGAUUACAAUGAAAAAGCUAUCGAAAAAUCAACUGAAAAAAUUAAAACUUUAAGACCAAAGAUUAAAAAUGAUUUGAAAAAAGUAGAAGAAAUUAAACAUUUUGAAGAAAACGUUGAACUAGUUUUACCAAAAUCUGUUGUUAAUGAUUUACCAGAACAAAUAGAAAGUUUACCAGAAAAUAAUAAUUCUCAAGCGAUAUUUACGUGUAUUCAAAAAAAAUUAAUUGAAGAAUUAGAAAAUUGGAAGGACAAACAAAUGCUAUUAUUUAAUGAAAAGAUGAAAACAAAAGAAGAACAACUGUUAAAAGAUUUUAAUGAUAAAUGGUCAGAUGAUAGAAAACGCAUCGAAGAGAAACUAAUCCAUGCUAUGUCAAAAUGUAAAGAAUCAGCUGAAGAUUUGGAAAAAAGAUCUGACAUGUUAAAAGAAAGGGAUGCUAUAGUUACAGCCAAAGAACUAGAAUUUACCUGCCAAAAAGAAAGUAUAGAAAAUAAAUACAUUGGUUUAAUAAAUAAUAUGCAGUCUUCCAAUAUGCAAACAAUUAAUGAGUUGUAUAAUACAAUUUCUGAAUCGGAAGCUAAACUGCAUAGAUCAGAAAAACUUAAUAUUUUAUUAAGAAAAGAAAAUGAAGCGCUGAAAUAUGAUAUUGAUACAAAUUGUGGCUUACUAGUACAAGAAUUAGAGAAAAAAAUUUCAAAUCUAAAGUGUAAAAUUGAAGAAGACAAUAAGUCUUGUAUGUUCUUCAAAGAGAGGUGGAUAGCAUCUGUAAGAAAAAUUAACCAACUGUAUACCAAAUUUCAUAAAACUAAAACCAAUAAACAUUUGCUUAAUGAUAAACAAAAUAUUCAAAACAUGUUAACUAACCAAUUAGAAGAACGGAAACAAGACUAA